UGGGGGCGGGGCCUGGGCACAAGAUGGCCGCCGCGCGCCCGGAGGCCCCGAGUCCAAGCUCAGCGGCCCCGGAGCCGCGAUCCUCGGAGACGCCGGACCUGGUCCUGGUCCCAGAUGAUGGCCGCCCCGCCACCCCCCCAAGUGACCUCAUCGAGAUCCAGGUAGUGAAGGUGACAGACACCACGCUGGUCCCCGAGCCACCGGAGCCAGGCUCCCUCCACUGUGCCUUGUGCCCGGCUGCGUUCCGGCUGGUGUCUGAGCUGCUAUUCCAUGAACAUGGCCACCUGGCGGAGGCGGAGGGCGGCGGGCAGGGUGGGGAUCCCAGCCGGUGUCAUGUGUGUGGCCACAGUUGCCCCGGCCCCGCCAGCCUCCGCGCCCACUACAGCCUGCACACAGGGGAGCGGCCCUACCGCUGUGCCCUGUGCCCACGUGCUUUCAAGGCCUUGGCGCCUCUGCUGCGGCACCAGCGCCGACAUGGGGUGGAGCCAGGGGCCUCUCAGAGGUCUCCUGAAGCGGCCGAGGCUAGAGCACCGAGGCCCGGGGUGCCACCAGAGAGGUCAGAGGUGGUGAUGGCAGCGGCGGCUGCAGGCGCCGCCGUGGGCAAGCCUUUCGCCUGCAGGUUCUGCGCCAAGCCGUUCCGCCGCUCCUCAGACAUGCGCGACCACGAGCGGGUGCACACGGGCGAGCGGCCCUACCACUGCGGCAUCUGUGGCAAGGGCUUCACCCAGUCGUCGGUGCUCAGUGGCCACGCGCGCAUUCACACUGGGGAGCGCCCCUUCCGCUGCGCCCUGUGCGACCGCACGUUCAACAACUCCUCUAACUUCCGCAAGCACCAACGCACCCACUUCCACGGGCCGGGGCCGGGAGACUCUGGCACCCGGCAGGCUUCGGGGGCCGAGGGGCCGGGGAGUGGGCGUGGGCAUGGGCCAGAAAAGAGUCUGGAAGAAGGUCGGGAGGAGGCGGCCAAGGUGAAGGUGGAGGUCGACCAGUAGGCUGGGAGAGCAAGGCCGUGGGAGCAUUAAUACAGGAAGUAGAGGAAGUAGAAGAUGGAUUGCAGGGGAAGGGGUGGAUGGGAAGCAGAGGCAGGAGAGGUGAGGAAAGCUAAGGAGGUGGCUAAGAGCAGCUAGUGCGGGAGAACCAGUUUGGGGAUACCCACAAAUCCAUACAGCACCUCCAUGAGACUCAGAAAGGCACAGACACUGCCCUGUGGAUGCCCAGCUAAAUGUGAGGAACAUGGGCUGCAUUUCACUGCCCAAUCUGCCUGCCCCUUGGGUGUCCCAACAGAACCUGGGCACUACAGAUGGGGAGCCAGGGUUGAGUGGAAGGGGUAGAACCAGGGUCUGCCCUGGUGACUCUGGGCCAGCCCUUCAUCUACAGAACCCUGGACUAUCUUGGGACCUAGGGUGGACCAGGAUGGAAUCUUUUGCCUACCUCACUGGAUUGCACUGAACCUGGGGGGCCUACCCACCCUCAGGCAGAAGACGCCCACCAGGUCCUCCAUAAAGAGAUUCUGGAAUGCCAUCACCUUGAAGCCAGAGGGUCCCCAAGUCCUAGCCGAAAGCACUCAAGCCUCAAGGAUGUAAGCCUGAGCAUAAGAAACUUGACUCCAAGAGCUGCUCCCUGCUCCCACCGUGGUCCCUCCUUAACCCACUGACUCUGAGGCAACAAAAAAAUCUGGACAGCAAACAGCCACCAAAUGUCCCCCCUCAUAAGGCUUUAGGUUCAGAGCCCAUGGCCCCCAGGGCUUCGGCAUAGCCUCAGAUUUCUCUGACUUCCUCCACUCCCAAUGUGAACCAAACAGCUUACUACCUGACCCAAGGAAGGGUUGGGAGAUGGCAGCACUGGUGGGCUGGCCUGUGUACAAUGGGCAUGGGGUGGGGUGAACUGAGUCACUGUGGUGAGGGUGAGAGGAGGACUUGGGAGCUGGAGGUGGGGAGCCUCCAGCUCUACUCCUAUUAAAGGACUUUCUGAAGGG